AUGAAGCUGCCGAUAAUACUUCUGAUCGUUUUUCAGCUCGCACGGGCUUCAACCAACUACCGAUGCACCCAACUUGUGAGAUGAAACUUAUUUUUUUCUCAAGAUACAUUGAACUUUCAGCAAAACACUGUUCAAAAUCAACAUGUUUCCCUGGAGACUCCUCUUCAAGUUGGCGAUGAAAUCGUCCUCGAAGGCAUCUUUAGUAAAAAUGCUGAUAAGUGAGUUUUGAUUGAAUUUUGGUAGGAGUUCUCAGGGCCCGACUAUAAACGGUUUUCGCUCUCUCUCUCUCCUUCCAACCAGGAAAGGUUCCAAACAAUACCCACACAGCCGUUUAUCUCAUAAAAAGGGACUUAUGCACCUUUUUUGCUGUCUCUCUCUUCUUUCACUAUUUCUUGAGCCCCAGAAAAAAAAUGGAAGGCUCCAUAAAGGUACUCCUUUUACAGCCUUUUUGCUGCCUUUUGCUGCCUUUUUUGAGUCUCUCCCUUUAGCCGCCGUUAUCCACCAUUCCUACUUUGCCCGAGUAGACAAGGCUUAGAGUUUUGAAGUUAUUUAAAAGGCUCCGAGCCUUUUGAAGCUCGAAAUUAUGAAUGAAGCGCCCCUUGUCAUAUAUAUUUUAUAAUCGAAGAUUAGUAAAAAAAAAAACAAUGAGAAAAAAACUUUUCUCCGUGUAAUAAAACCUUUGAAGUUGAUAAAAUUACUCAAGGAACAAUUUUCAUGAAGAAUUCUCGAUAAGGUCGGUUUGAAAUGAUGGUGAAAAUUGAAGAAACACUUCCGUGAAUGGAUAAAAUGAUGACAACAAGCGGAGAGAAAGCUGGAAUAUUUUCAUUAUGGCAGCCAAAAAACAGUUUUUGAGACGCAUUGUAUGAUAGGGUUUUUUGAAAGAAAAUCUCACCUCGCUGCAGAUUUUUUUUGUGGGUGAGUAAAGCACUGACAGCUAGGGGGAUGCACAGAAAAAUCAUCGGGAUGCUCACCUAAAGUUUCAUUUUUUUUUUUUGAUACUUUUAUAAGGUUACUAUGAUUGUUAUGGAAUUUACGAAAAGCAGCAUUUCUGACUAAAAUUCGAUAAAUUCGCGUUUUUUGAAGAAAAAAGUAAUACGUUUAGACAUAGGAUUGUGACGAUGUUUGUAAAAAAGCUCAGGAAUGAGAGAGUCGUCCCCCAUAAGGGCAAUCUUAAAAGCCCUUGAGGUUUUCCCUCUAGGGACACUUUACCUCUCUCUGAUUGUCGUUUAUUUUUAUGGACCUUCUAUAAGAGGAGCAUGCGAAUUUUUUCAUUCUCAUAUGAAAAAAUUUUAAGGUCCUAUAUGGACCACUUAAGCUAUAGAAGCUUGAGGGCCAGAGCUUUUUAAUCCCUAUAGUGACCACCUAAAUUUUAUCUCUGUACUGAGCAUUUUUUAUUCCCUAUAGGGACCGCUCUGGCGUUCCAAAGUUUGGAUAAAUUUUGAAAAUGGUCUUCAAAGUUUCGAACGAAGUGUACUCAUAUAAACCAACGAACCUGAGCGCACAAGUUAUAAAAAUAGAAUUUCUGAAGACGUCGAGUUCUAGCCGACAUAUGGCUGGUUUGCUUGUGCAAUAUGUAGAGUCCAUGGACGCAAAAAAGUCCGUAUUCCAACGAGACGGAAAUCCCUUUGAUUGAUAUGAACCACCCAAUCCUGGGCGUCAAAUCCAGAACCAGGGAACAGGAGGUGAAAAUGUGAUUUGGGACACACUGUAGGGUCUGUAAUUCGAGAAAUGAGACGAGACUUGAAAUCAAGCUCAAUUUUUCCAAACUUGACUCUUUUUUCAUAAAUACCGAUUUUUUUCUGCAUUUCCAGGCAGACAAUUUAUGACAUAUGGCCAUUAAAUAAGGAGUAUCGUUUUCAUAUUGUAGAGAAUUCCCUAGAAAAUGUACAGAAGCUCCUAAUUUCAGAGAAAAAAAUUUAAAAAAAAAACACAUUGUUUCCCGCCAAAACUGCAUUUUGCAGCAAAGCUGCUCUAUUGAUAAAAUUCAUGUUCUGGUGGUCAUUUAUCUUUUCGUACUCCCAAAAAAAGUUCAUUGCUUCUUUGAACUAAGAAUAAAGUUUCCUACCUCAAUGACUUUGAGCUUGGCCCCAUAUUGGUCGACCGGCGCCAUGGCUAUAAUGACUAGGAAUCCCCCGGAACCCAAAAAGAAACUGCACAGCAGGAAAAUGAUUCGAUAUCGUUUUUUGAACCGGAAUGGACUAUUCAUAGGUAGGACAUUGUGGUGACGAUACUCGAAAAGAGUUAGAAUCGAGUAUUGAACGCCUAAAACUGGGAUAUAGAGGAUGAACUUUGACGGCUCGUACUCGAAACCGAUACGGCUCCAAUGCCAGUUUGAAUUUUUAUGGGUACUCCUAAGGUUUGGAACCAGCCGAUAGAGCAGCCAGCCAUUGCAGGAAGAUAUAACCAAGGGGUCAACAUUAUUGGGAACAGGAUAUCCAUGAUCAUAACGCUGAAAACGUAAUUUUUCCCAUCGAAAUCCAUUUCCGGAGCUCGAAACGUUAAGAUGCGAGGCAGUCGCGAAGCGGUUUUUAGCGCGAGAGAGCGUGCUUUUUUUCUCUAGUGCCCUCUUGCGCCCUAAUACUCUCUAACUAUUGAAGGUUCGAGCCUACGUUAAAAUUAUAGUCCGUUCACCGCGGCUUUACACUUUUCGAGUGUCUGCGUCUCUCUGUUCCCUCACCGGCGAGGUCAGAGAAAUACGAAAAUAGCACGUUAACAUGAGAUGGUCGUCGAGAGACGAAGAGGACGCAGAGAAAAAUAGCAGUUCCAAGUUGCGAAAAACGGACUACAUAUAGCCUGACCUCCUUGAAUCAUUUCUCAAGCUCCGCCCACUCAGCCGCGAUCAACCAAUAAUUUUUUGAAUGACGUCAUUGUGACAGUUUUCGAGUGUCUGCGUCUCUCUGUUCUCUCACCGGCGAGUUUAGAGAAACAUGGAAAUAUCACAUAAACAUGAGAGAGACGUCGAGAGACGAGGAGGGUGCAGAGAAAAAUAGCAGUUUCCAGUCACGAAAAAUGGUGUAUAUCUUUCUGUUUGUUGCGAAUGAUUUAAUUUUAUUAACAGGGAAAAAAAAACGCAGCGCGACCGCUUUGCACCCGUUUAAGCCCUCACCAAGCUUGAUAGUUCAAAAAGAGCCAUUUAUAGCUUCUCAUCGCUUUCGGGGACAGGAAUAGAAUACUGCAGAAAGCAAUGAUAUUCAGCAACAAGAUAAAUGGGAAAACGAAAGUUUCGAUUCGCCGGAAAUUCUUCUCACUGAAAGUAUCGGUCUCCUGCUCACAUGGAGGAUAGUUCAAUAAUAAGUCGGGAUCCAUCUUCCAGAAAAAAAAAGAAAUAUUUCGGAAGCUUGAAGAUGUGGGGUUUUCACAACAAACGUGUGAUAUUCCCAUGGAGGUAGGUGUAUGUUUUCGUCUUUUUUUUCGAAGCUUCAUUAUUUUCUGUUCAUUUCACGCUUCAGUUGCUUUGUGACGUUUAUCUGAUGCGUUUUUUUUCAAAGAACUUCUAGUUGAAGCAAGGAUUGUUUAAUGAGAGUAGGAUUUGUCGGAAGUUUGAACUAAUUGAAAAAUAUUGUUGAAACAAAAAUUGCACUUCGGAAAUCUCACCAGAAAAAAAUCAGUGAUUGAUUUUUUUUUUAUUGUUACAAUUCCAUUUUAAUGACAUUGAUUUCUGCGUGAUUUUUUGUCGCAUUUGGAAUGGCUCAACGCGAGAGGCGUUUCCACUGACGACCCGCGCGAAAGCCGUUUCAAGUCGGGCGCUUCGUAAAAAAAAAGCUGCGGACCUCUUGGGGUGAAAAAUUAUUAACUCUAAUUUUUCCAGGUUCACCUUCCAUUUGUACGAAGGAAGUCAGCCUGGCGGUUCAAUUUCUCUUCGGAUCACGAAUAGAAAUGGUCAAAGUACCGAGUAUAAUUCCUUCGAGGUUCAUUCUAAUCUUAUCAAUGAUUCAUCAAACUUAUAAAUUCUAGAAUGGCGUCUGGGGGAAGCCCAUUUUUGGAUCUCAACUCGCCGCAACGGGACAGACGUUCAUGUUCACGAUUCGGUGAGAAUGUUUGCUCUAUUGAGAAAAUUGAUAAAGAAAAUUUGCUUUGCGGAAAAUUCUAGUGGCCGCUUAAGAGGUUCCUCAGGACUAGGGUGGCCACUAAAAAUACCUCUAUAGGGCCACUAAAAAUACCUCUAUAGAAGCUCUAUUCUGGGUGUUAGGGGCCACUAUAGUAGUUUUUAGGGUCUAGUAGUGCUUCUGGACCCCUAAAAAGGCCACUGGCUCCUAGGCACUUAAGUGUGGCCGCUAAGUCAACUUCUAUAGUGGCCACUGAAACUUCAGAACUUUUAAGUGUCCACUAAAAGUUUUCCCAGUAUGGAACAUCAUGAGAUCACGUUAAAGUUAUGGGACAUCAUGUGGUUUGAAUUUUCAGUCAUGACGUCAUGAGGUUGUUAGAUGACGUCACGAGGAAGUUAGAUGACGUCAUUUAAACUAUAACGAAGCAUAUGUUUUUAAAAUUUGAAAUUAGACGUAUUCAUCUCAUUUUGUGCAAUGUUUUUUUUUUCUAGAAAACUGAUUUCGAAACUUUGUUCCAUAUGCAACUUCCCUUUCAGAUAACUUUUAAGUUUCUGAACAAGUUCAGGGUUCAUCCUUAUUACUACGAAAUAUUGCGGAGAGACCAGCCAACCGUCAUUUUCCCAUAUCAAGUCAAAGCCACAAAGGUCCAAGCGAUUGGAAUCGAGAAUAUCGAAUUCAGGAGUAUCACGUUAGUUUUUUUUUUGAUUUUCUAAAAAUCAAUAGAUAGGAAAAGAUCACGUUGGUCUUUAACUUUGGCUAUUCGCCUUGAAAAUAAUUUGUUCAAGUUUUUAACUUCACAUCUAAAUUUGAACCAAAGAAGGAUAAGGACUAAAAAUAUCACCUUUCUUCGUAUCCUGUUCCCUUCGAACCAAAAAAGUCUAAUAAAAACCCGCUUUUUUCAAUAAAUUCAAUCUCUUUUACGGAUCUUCAAGAAAAUCCUAUGGAGAGUUGAAAUAAAAUUUUAUUUUUUUAUGGCUCAAUUAUCAAAAAGUUCAAUCAGCAGAUUUUCAAAAUAUCCCGGCUAACCUUCAACUUCAACUCAAAAAAGCAGAAAAUGUUGUCUCUUCCAAAUUUUCAACUCUUUACAGUUAUCAGUAAAUCAUAACCUAGUUAACCAGAAAAAAACUUCUAUGGGUCAAUUUUCAAAAGUUCAACCAAUAGUCUUUGGAAAUAUCUUUUUUUUUGAAGAACCGAUAAAGUAUAACUCGAAAAGAAAACCGCAGAGAAUAAUUUUGCCUUCAAAUUCUUAUUUUGCAAACAUUCCAUUUGUCUUUGAAUGAUAUCUGAGUAAACCAAGAAAGAUUUGAUUUAAUAACGGUGACCAACUGUCACGAUUUCCGCCGAGAUAUCUUAGAGCGCAAGUCGCUAAUUGUCGGGUGCACUUGCGCCUGUGACCAAACUAGACACAACCGACUAUAAAGUACGAAGAAAUCAUCUUUUCCAGAAAAUGCUUCCCUGAGUUCAUGGGCAAGCGAACGAACGAGAAAGAGCAGAUUCUUAUCGGCCUGGGAAUGGUUCAGGUUCUAUGUGAGUUUUUUUUUUGAAGAUGUGAAAAAUUAACUUCUUCUAAGAAAUAAGAAGCGUUCAAGUUUGAGAUCAUUUUCAUGAAGCUUUUCGAAAAUUUUCAAAAAAGAAGAGGUUUCUUAAAGGCAUAGGGGCAGUAAAAAACGGUAUUUCAGUUCAAAGCAGUACUUUGUAGAGUUUUUCAUUGCGAAUCGAACGGUGAACUUGAAAACGUACAGAAGUUCCUAGUUUUGGAGAAACAAUAAUUCAAAUUCGGAGAAAGGAAAGCUUGAGUUCCCGCGAAAAGGGCGCUUUGCAGUAAAGUUGCUCUAUGGACAACAGGGUUCGCCAUCUUCCGGAUAUUCGCUUUUUUCUUCGUUUCUUUAAAUUUUCAAUUUUUUUCUGUCGUCACCAAAGCUCUUUUCGUCACAAAAGCUUUCUAUUUAUGUAUAGUUUGCAAACUUUAAUCGCAAAAAAGCUUUUCUAAUGAAAAAUAAUGAUUUUACACAGGUUUCGAUUGGGAUAGCGAUUAUUUGUGUUUUCUUUAUUAUCAUUGUGUUUUCUGUUUUCUCAAUCGAUUUUUCAGAGAAGAAACCCUUGAUUUGAGGCAGAUAGCAGGUUAUUUUUCACAAAUUGAGAGUCUAAUGAGACGUCCGCAACAUUGCGUGCACGGCUACUGUAAACAUUUGUCCGUAUGCCGAUCGAAAGCUUUUUUCAAAAAUGAAGGCGGGAAAGUAAAAUCGCGUUUUUCUUCUAAAGUUGUCACAUCUGUAAUUUUUUUGAGUACACCGUUCGAUUCGCAAAGAAAAACUGUAUAAGAUACUGCUUUCACCUGAAACUCCAUUUUUUACUGCCCCUAUGCCUUUAAAAGAAGUUUCUCUAUACCGAAGUUUUACAAAUCUGUCCGCAAAGUAAAUAUUUCUUCAGACGACGACCCUCGGCUCGUGAAUAGAGGUUGA